AGUGAUAAGUGUGAUUGAGGAGAAAUAAGUUUUCAAUAAACAACGUACGUUUUAGUACAAGUAAAAUAAUGAAGAAAAAAAAAAAGAUGUGUUUUACUGUUUUCCAUUUGUUUAUCAUUUGAGAUGAGCAAAAAAAAAACGUCGAGCUAUGACGCUAUCACUGUUCUCGAUGUUUCUAGAACAUCACAAAGUGUUCAACACCUAGUGAUUGUUUUUUCAUUUUGAAUGUUUAUGUUUUCGGAACUGUCAGACUUUGGAUUGUUUUGUAAACAUAUGAGUCUCCAGAAGAAUGAGAAACAAAAAUCAUAUUUAAAUAUUUGUAAUAUCGAAAAGAAUUCUGCAUCAUUUUCAUAUUGUCCUAUAUUAUUCAACAACGAUAUAUACAUGUGUCUAUCUCUAUUUUUAUCAUACACAUCCAUACACACACACACACACACACACUGUCUUUCUUUGUAAUCGAUUUUGAAAGCUGGCAUUUCAAGUGCAUUUUGCUUGUCAAUGUUAUUGCAAAGACAGUGCCUCCUAUAUCAAAAAUUUGGAACCAGGAAGACAACAGCGCCAUAUUAUAUGUGUAAUAUAUAUACACACUAUUGGAAUUGUAUUGUACAUGUUCGACAUUAAUUGGUGUAUAUAUUUUUUUCUUUCAUUGUGAUGCAGUGAAAAGAGAGUUUUGUUUUAUUUAUUUUGAAACGAAAGAGAAACGAAAGAAAAACGGAUGCACCAUCAAUCUCAUUUUUUUCGUUCUUGCCGUUUUUCUUAAAUUUCAUUGUGGCAAUACAUUUGUGGCAUUUAUUCAUUGAGCUUGUUAAUGACUUUGACUAAAUAAUUAAUAAGUACGAUUAGCCUUGUUUUGUGCGUGUAUUUUUUUUUUGUUAAGAACAAAUUCAGUGACAAUCGAACGGAGGAAUAUUUUGAAAACGGUUUUAAAUCGAAAUUAUUUCAUGUGGAAUAAUCUUUAGACACUAGACACAAAAUGCAGACUAAUUUAGAUAUUUCGAAGGCGUUGCAACAAAUUGAAGCUAUCAAAAAAGCCGUCGAUGACUCGGACAUUCCGAAGUUGCAGGCCAGCACGGCUGAUAGCCUCAAAACAAUUUUGCAUAUUUUACAAGAUCCAAUAUUUCGUAGUAUCAUCCAAAUCGAAGAUUCAGCUGCCGAACUCAAUUCGCAAAUCAUGCAACAUCCAUCAAUGUUGCCAGAUGACUUCGAUAUCAGUUUGUCAGGUGAUUUAAUAAUCAAUGUUCCUCCGGUAAUGGAUAUGUAUGGUGGUGACUAUGUCGAUGAGCAACGUGUACCGUCGGCUCAACUAUCUCCACGCAGUCCAAACAGUCCAAGUAUUUCAAGUAAAUUAGAAUACAAUCAACAUUCGGAUGUGAGCCGUUUGGAUGAUGAACGCCCACAAUCGGCAGCUACCAAUGAUACGGCAAACUUUUCGACCGAUAUCAUGGCAUCGGAAUGUGUUCAAAUUCAAUCAAUCGAACUGGUCAAUGAUGGAACUGGUUUGGGAUUCGGAAUUAUCGGUGCUCGAACAUCCGGUACAAUAGUAAAAACGAUCAAACCGGGCGGUGUGGCUGAUCGUGAUGGUCGACUCAUCAGUGGUGAUCACAUUUUACAAAUUGGUGACGUUAAUUUGCAAGGCAUGAACUCGGAAGAAGUGGCCAAUGUACUUAGACGAUCGGGAACGCAUGUUCGUCUCGUUGUCGCACGACCAAUCGAUCCAAUCAAAGCGAAUAGUCAAGAUGUUGACUCCUCGGCUAUUGUUCCAGCAAGGCUUCUUUCGGAUCGAAAUAAACUCGAGCGGUACUUAUUGGAUGCUGGCUAUGCUGAUAUCCUCGGAUUUUCAACACCCCAAUCAACGCCGACGCCCACAGCAAAUGACAAGUUCUUGUUCAACGAAAGCGCUGAGGAUCCAAUGGUGAACCGCUCGAAGAUGUCAUUACCCACCGAAUUGGAUAUGCCCGAAACGGAACGAUUUGUUGUCGAGCUUAAGAAAGACGCAAAUGGUUUGGGUAUCACGAUUGCUGGUUACGUUUGUGAAAAAGAAGAACUCUCUGGCAUUUUUGUGAAAAGUGUUUCGGCCGGAAGUGCAGCCGAUUUGAGUGGAAAGAUUGCCGUUAAUGAUCGCAUUAUCGAAGUUGACAAUCAAUCGCUGCAAGGGUUUACAAAUCAUCAGGCGGUCGAAGUUUUGAAAAAGAGCGGAACGUUGGUUUCUUUGCGUUUGGAGAGAUAUUUACGUGGACCAAAAUAUGAACAAUUGCAACAAGCCAUUGCAGCCAAUGAACUAAAGCCACAGACACCAAGCGGAAGUGGCACAAUAUUCCCAACACCUGGCCGAUCACAGAGCUCAUCCACACAAAGCAUUGGAGCUGCUGAAUUAACCAGGCGACCAUCGGUAACAUCGACACAUUCCAAGCAAAAUGGCAGCUAUACGGUAUCGGCUGCGUCCACUUUUAAGUUAACCGAUACCCCAUCGAAAGAAUCGAUCGACCCGUUGGCAAAUUUAAAUACACGCAAGUUGACCACAACUCGUGAUCCGAUUGAGACCGCAAAAGGUGGUGCAGGCAAUGUUGAACCUGAGUCCGCUUUGAGUGAAAAAACACCGGAUACUGAACCACAUCAAAGCAUAGAUGCAACAUCUACCACUCCAGAUAAACCAAAAUACUGGGUUGAACCGGUAUUAGCAAAAGACGUAGAAAAUACAAUCAUAAAUAAAUGGCAAUCGGUGUUAGGCGAUGCAACAAACAUUAUUGUAGCUCAAAUUAGAAAAUUCACUGCAUCGAGUGGCUUGGGCAUUUCAUUAGAAGGAACCGUUGAUGUGGAAGGUGGCCGCGAAGUAAGACCACAUCAUUAUAUUCGAUCGAUUUUGCCAGAGGGACCAGUCGGCCAAAAUGGGUUACUUCGUUCAGGCGACGAACUUCUUGAGGUGAAUGGACAACGACUACUUGGCAUGAAUCAUUUGGAAGUGGUUGCAAUACUUAAAGAGCUACCACAAGAUGUUCGUAUGGUUUGCGCUCGCGUCGAAGAGGAAGAAGAACCACUAACCGAAGAAAAUAUUCGCAAAAAGCUUGACUUGGAACUCAGCGGAACACCAAAUAUUGGAGAAGUGAUGCCUUCAUCUGAUCGUCUUGUGAAAGCCAAAUCCGAUGGUAGCUUAGCUACAAGCGGCGGUGGAACCGAUGAUUCCUUCUCUAAACUGAAAUCAAGAUCACUUGAGCCGCUAACUGGAUUAGCGAUGUGGAGUUCAGAGCCGCAAAUUAUCGAAUUGAUCAAAGGCGAACGUGGUCUUGGAUUUUCCAUCUUAGACUAUCAAGAUCCACUCGAUGCCAACGACACUUUGAUAGUGAUUCGAUCGCUUGUGCCGGGCGGUGUAGCACAGUUAGAUGGUCGUUUGAUACCUGGAGAUCGUUUGCUUUUUGUCAACGAUAUUAACUUGGAAAAUUCAUCAUUGGAUCAGGCUGUGCAGGCGCUGAAAGGAGCACCAAAAGGUGUUGUACGCAUUGGUGUUGCAAAACCAUUGCCAAUGGCUGACGCAUCGCUUCUGCCAAACCAAGCAACGGAACAUAGCAAUUCAGUAGAUAUGAAAGUCGCUUCGGCAGGACGAAUGAAAUAAUAUUUAGUUAUACCUAAGACUGAUUUUGAGGCAUUUAUUGAACUAUACAAGAAUCUAGAACGUAUACUUCGUUUCAUUGAAAUCGUUUCGUCAAAAUGAAAAUUCAAAAUAAUAGAACAUUCGACGGUUUCGAUUAUGCAUAUUUUUCCUCUUCCAAGUGCUAAUUACCAGUAAAUAAUAAUUUGUACUCGAAUGUAUUAUCAUUUCUGAUGUUUUGUUGAAAUUUCUGCAAACUAACACUUCAAAUAGUGAAUGUAUCGCUUCACUAUCGUUAUUCACUUUUCAAUUUUCGAUGAACCGAUUCUAUACUAAUCUUGAGCCUCAAAAUCAAGUUGAAGGGUAAAAAUAAUGGCGUUCGAUAGGUUUGGAUUAGACAAAUGGUGGAAAAGAGCACCAUUAUUUAUGAUUUUAAAUUAGUCAGUGUUUCCGUUUGAAUUGACACAAUCCAAAAAUUGUAAUGGUUGUGACAGCUCCAGCGAUUCCCUGGUUAUACAUAUUAGAAGAAAAAGAAUGUUUAAGCACGUUAAAUUAGAUCAAAACAAACCGACAUUCCGACUAUUGUGAGUUCGUUACGUUAAUUCAAUUAACAAAAGAGAAACAAGAUGAAUCGAAACAUUUGAUCAAUUCUUGCAAACCGAGUUCAUUCUAGGAGCAAAGCACAAAAAGCCAAUGUGUAUAUUUUUCGUAAAUUUAGAAUGAGCUUAAAUAAAUGGGCUAUAAUAAAUUUAAAAUGGCAAAUAUACAGCAUUGCAAUUUGUUCUCGGCCCUUAGGAUGAUCUCUAGAUUCAAGAAAUUGAGAAACGUUGACGACCCCAUUUGCUAUUAAUGAGAAAUAAAAUGGAAACAAAUAUAGGAAAAUAUUAUUUUGAAACGAUUAAACUUGCUGUAUACAUCGUAUGCGAGGAGCCGGUAUAGUUUUAUUUAUCGUAAAUGAUUCAUUAUUCGUAUGCGAUAAGUUCUUAAAUGUUCAGUUAAUUGUGUAUCUUUCGGUUUCCGUUCCAAAAUCACCAAUACAAGUUUGCAUUUCACUUGGAA